CACCAGGCAGUCCAAGAUAGUCUCGUUUCCGUCAGACUUCGAGGCUUUGUGUUUUUUUGUCGCUUGGAGCGGAUCUCACGAUUCGGCUGGUGAUACGAUCCAAUACGCGACUUCGAGAGAUCCGUCUCGUCCGGCUGUUAUCGAUUAAUGCAAGAAGAAGCUUUUAUUAUUCGCCUCAUCAAAGAAUUUCUCCGAUUCGUGCAGCCGUAUAUGUCAUGGGAUACCGAGAAACGGAGUCUGUUGCUACGCUAGCUUUGUGACUCAUCGCGUGAUCGACCCACUUGUCAUUCUGUGUUGACAAGUGCAUAUCAGUGCGUACAUACGUGUGACAGAAGUGGGAUUGCACACUUAAGAAACAGCGAUUGUUGACGCGACGUAUUUUUCGAUUGCGAGCCUCAUUAUUCGCAUCGCGUCAUCAGCUUCAUCGCAGAGAAACGCCGAGGAGUGACUGUUACAUUUACGAUAAUUGCUAAUAACGUCACUGACAGCUUAAAGAUGGAUGCCGGAUUCUCAUCGUACCAUAACGGUGGUCCUGCGCGAGAACAGGACUUUGGCAGGUUAUCCCAAUCAAUUGGCACUUCGAUAUUGAAGAUAUCACAAAAUGUGUCUUCCAUGCAGAAAAUGGUCAAUCAGCUGGGCAGUUCCACCGAUUCUCAAGAACUCAGGAAUCAGCUGCAUCAGAUACAGCACUAUACACAACAACUGGCGAAGGAUACUAGCGUUCAUCUUCGAGACUUGGCUAUAUUAGCGAAUAACUCUGGCUCUACGAGCCCUGGAGAACAAAGACAGCGGAAAAUGCAGAGGGAACGCCUUCAAGAUGAAUUUACCACUGCAUUGAAUUCUUUUCAAGCUGUACAAAGGCUAGCUGCUUCUAAGGAGAAAGAAAUGAUCAGGAAAGCUAAAGCUAGUGCAGGUAUUGCGCCGUUUGGAGAAAAGAAGCAGGAUACUCUUAUUGAGUUGCAAGACAGUAGAACAUAUGGAAGUGAUCAUGCAAAACAGCAGCAGGAACAGAUGCAAGAACAGAUGAAUUUACGAAUGUUAGAGGAACAGGAAGCUAGUAUAAGGCAAUUGGAGAGUAACAUUAGCGAUAUUAACCAAAUAUUCAAAGAUCUUGGAGCUUUGGUAUAUGAUCAAGGAGAGGUGAUUGAUUCUAUAGAAGCAUCAGUUGAAAGAACCGAGGUAUCUGUUAACGAAGGCGCUUCUCAAGUAAGGCAAGCGAGUAUGUAUCAGACUAAGCUACGCAAGAAGAAGUGUUUUCUUGUAGUGAUCGCAGUAGUCAUAGUGGCGAUUUUGAUUGGUAUUAUAGUUUGGCAAAGCAAGUAA